AUUUGUUUGAAUAAAUCUUAUACUUGUAAUAGUGAAAUUCAAACACGAGUCGAUUCGUAAAAAAUGAAUUUGGUACAGCCACCAGCUUGGCACACAACCCAGUUUUUACAGCCACCGGUCCUCCAACCUAUCCAGCAUCAUCAGAAUGUUUCUCAUCAAGUUGCCAGUCCUCGUUACAAUAAUGUGCCUCAGACUAGCCAUUAUGAGGUGAACGGGACAACUUAUUACGGUGCCAACAUUCAUAUGGCUUCGUCGAACAAGCAGCACAGAAGACCUUUAUUGCCCGAAGAAAGUGACAAGGAUGAGAAAAGGAUCAGGAGGCACCACAACGAUAGUCAACGUCGGCAUUCAAGUUUUUACGAAAAACAAUCUGAUGUUGGCUCACCGAGGUGUCCCCAGCAGCAGAGGCCUAAUAAGAAGAAAUGUAAGAAGCCGUCCCCCAACGUUUACAAGCCGAUUCGCUCGGCAAGGGACGAAACACCAUCACAAGAUUGUAGCGAAAAUAGAACAGGUGCCAAAGAAAGGAAUAUCCCCCAUAGUGUGGAAGCCGCUGUUUCGCCAGUAUUUGGAUUGACCGAAGAAAGAUUGUACAACCUCCUGAUCCAGUACACCGUAGCUCCGGAGGAUCUCUUUUCCAAUGGUUUUCCACAGGUGGAUAAGGUUAAGAACCAAGUCCGCCUGUACAAACAUUGUUUCGGAAAACCUUUCAGGAUCCCGAAGAGAUUGGCUGGUAUUGAGGAGGAUUUUGAUCGGAAUUCACCGACAGCAGUUGAGAGGACCUGCGUUAGGUGUAACGAUCAGUUCGUCAACGAACACGGUUACUUGACGAAACAGCAGUGCUUCUACCACUGGGGGAAAAUCUCGUACUGCCGCCAUACAUGUUGCGAGAAUACUCCAGGAUCCAAAGGUUGCACAUCAUCAAAACACCACGUAUGGAAUGGUACAGUGGCCGGGAUCAACGAGCCCCUGCAAGGUUUCGUGAGUACGAAACGCAGCGAAAAAGUGAAACGGAAGGUUUUCGCUGUAGACUGCGAAAUGUGCUACACUGUGCGAGGCUUGGAACUUUGCAGGGUAACCGUUUUGGGUUUUGAUGGUGCCACAGUGUACGAUUAUUUUGUGCAACCGGAGGAAGAAGUUGUGGACUACAAUACCAGAUUUUCUGGAGUAACCGAAAGUGAUGUGUAUGGCCCAAAGUCGAAAACUUUCCAACAGGUGCAGAGUGAUUUAUUGGACUUUAUUGACGAGGACACCAUUCUGAUAGGACACGCGUUGGACAAUGAUUUGCGAGUGUUGAAACUUGUCCAUUCUAAAAUUGUGGACACGUCUCUCAUUUUCCCUCACGAGCGCGGUUUUCCCUUCAGGAACUCCUUAAAGCAGUUGAUGUCAGUUCAUCUGAACAAAGCAAUUCAGACAUCCGAUCAUGGACAUAGUCCAUAUAAGGAUGCUCUGAGUUGCUUGGAGCUGAUAAAGUUUAAAAUACAACUGUACUACGCUGAGAGACGUCUCACAAUUUAAGAAGAGACCAGUUCGCAAGAUCUUGUCCAACAAGAAUGUUCCGUAAUCCUCAUCCUGAAUUAUGUAUAUAGGUACAACA